AAUGUGUUUCCGCAACAUCAUAACCCUCUUGUAUCAUAUCCUAAAACUGAACUCUCUGAAACAGUAUCAUCAUCAACCAACAAGAAGAUGGGUCGCUCUCUUCUCUCUCACUUCCUCAAUCUCUCAAACGCUUGUCCACGCUUCACGUCAUAUGGCAAUUCAAGUAAAUUGCAACGAACGCUGCCAAUGAUUCACCAAAAUCACCUUCCGCUUGUUGGAGUUAAUAGCAAUCACCGAUGCUAUUGCAGCGUUUCAGCCCCUGAACCUACUGUUUCAGAGAGUUCCUCCACCUCUAUAAAGAGGAGAAUUGUGUCUGGAGUCCAGCCAACAGGAUCUAUCCACCUUGGUAAUUAUCUUGGUGCCAUAAAAAAUUGGGUAUCACUGCAGGAUACGUACGAGACAUUAUUCUUUAUUGUGGAUCUCCAUGCAAUAACUUUGCCGUAUGACGUUCAACAACUUUCUAAAGCAACUAGAGAUACCGCAGCUCUUUAUUUGGCAUGUGGCGUGGACACCUCAAAGGCUUCUGUGUUUGUGCAAUCUCAUGUUCGUGCUCAUGUAGAAUUAAUGUGGCUGUUGGGCUCUGCUACACCAAUUGGUUGGCUAAACCGAAUGAUUCAGUUCAAAGAAAAAUCACGAAAGGCGGGUGAUGAAAAUGUUGGUGUUGCGCUUUUAACCUAUCCAGUGUUGAUGGCUUCAGAUAUUCUUUUGUACCAGUCUGAUUUAGUCCCAGUUGGUGAAGACCAAAAGCAGCAUCUAGAAUUGACACGAGAGCUUGCUGAACGUGUUAAUCACUUAUAUGGUGGUAGAAAAUGGAAGAAGUUGGGAGGACGUGGUGGUUUGAUCUUUAAGGUUCCUGAGCCCUUAAUUCCUCCUGCUGGAGCACGGGUGAUGUCACUUACGGAUGGUCUUUCUAAGAUGUCCAAGUCUGCUACUUCGGACCUGUCUCGUAUUAAUUUGCUUGACUCAAAAGAUGCAAUUGCAAACAAGAUUAAGCGUUGCAAGACAGAUUCUUUUCCAGGCUUGGAGUUUGACAAUCCGGAUAGGCCUGAAUGCAAUAACCUUCUUUCGAUAUAUCAAAUCAUCACAAACAAGACAAAGGAGGAAGUUGCGCAAGAGUGCCAGAGUAUGAACUGGGGAACUUUUAAACCUGUUCUUACUGAUGCUUUAAUCGAUCAUCUCCAACCAAUCCAGGCUCGAUACGAGGAAAUUAUGUCUGAUACAGGUUAUUUGGACCAAGUUUUGGCAGAGGGUGCAAGCAAAGCUGCAGAUAUAGCAGAUGUGACUGUUAGCAAUGUAUACCAGGCAAUGGGAUUUUUGAAGAGACGAUAACCGAUAACGAAUAAACUAUAUCUUGGGACCGAGAAAGACACUGUACGGUUCAUUAUUGUCACAAUUUUUCUAAUUACCUGGCUGAAGGUUAAUUAGCAUACAUGUUCACAUUCUUUUAUGCAGUUAUAUUAAUGUGUUUAUAACGAGUAUCAAAUGUUUAAAACAGGGUAUUUAAAACAUUCUUUUAUGCAGUUGUAUUAUCUUUAACAUUUA